CACUCUUUCCUUUUGUGUUUGAGAGAUAAGAAUUUGUAUAAAUACCAUCUCUUCUUAACUGCACAACAGCAGGAAAAGUUUGGACUUCUUCGUGACACAGAAGAGCUCGGGGCGGGCACGAUGAAGCUCUUCGUCUGCACCUUGCUCUGCUCUCUGGCCUUGGGGGUCCAGAGCCAGAACUGGUUGCUGGACACCGGGAGGUUCAUAAAAGAAGCUGGUCAAGGGAGCUGGGAUAUGUGGAGAGCCUACUGGGACAUGCGUGAAGCCAACUACAAAAACUCCGAUAAAUACUUCCACGCUCGGGGGAAUUAUGACGCUGCGAGGAGAGGGCCGGGGGGCGCCUGGGCGGCGGAAGUCAUCAGCGACGGCCGGGAAUUCUUCCAGGGAGGCUCCAGCGGGCGGGGCGUGGAGGACUCGCGGGCCGACCAGGAGGCCAACCGCCACGGGCGAAGCGGCGGAGACCCCAACCGCUACAGGCCGGCCGGCCUGGACAAGAAGUACUGAGCCACAGCUGGCCCCCCCGAGUGCGGGUUUCUCGUCUCUGUCACAGCCCUGAGAACUAAAUAAAAUUCCCUAUUGACAACCUCCA